AUGGAUGUACCGUACCGUAAUAGUUCAGCUCUGUCCCGUGCAACAAGUCACCGUAGUCUAACCAAGCUUGAACAAAAAGAAAAAGAAAAGAAAAGAAAACCUGCAAUUGUUAAAAAUACAACAUCACUCUCUUCUUCUUAGCAACACUCUAAUUCAGAGACAAAUCGCACAGGCACAUACUCAUAAAUUAAAGAACAGAGUGGUGUGUGUUAGUUGAGUGUGAAACGACAGCGUAGAUUUAGAAAGAAAAAAAAUGUUCAGGAACCAAUACGAUACAGACGUUACCACAUGGAGCCCAGCCGGACGGCUAUUCCAGGUGGAGUACGCAAUGGAAGCCGUAAAGCAAGGGUCAGCGGCAAUCGGACUCCGAUCCAAGACUCACGUGGUACUCGCGUGCGUUAACAAAGCUAACUCUGAGCUCUCAUCUCACCAGAAGAAGAUCUUUAAAGUCGAUGACCACAUAGGCGUCGCUAUUGCCGGUCUCACUGCCGACGGUCGCGUUCUCUCACGAUACAUGCGAUCCGAAUGCAUUAAUUACAGUUUCACCUACGAGUCCCCACUUCCUGUUGGUCGGCUCGUUGUUCAACUCGCAGAUAAGGCUCAGGUCUGUACCCAACGCUCUUGGAAACGACCUUAUGGUGUUGGUCUUCUAGUAGCUGGCUUGGAUGAAUCUGGAGCUCACCUCUACUACAAUUGCCCUAGUGGGAACUACUUUGAGUAUCAGGCUUUUGCUAUUGGAUCUCGCUCACAAGCUGCAAAGACAUACAUGGAACGCAGGUUUGAGAACUUCAUGGACUCUUCACGGGAUGAUCUGAUCAAGGAUGCCCUCAUUGCAGUUAGGGAGACCUUACAAGGAGAAACCCUUAAGAGUUCCAUAUGCACAGUUGCUGUAGUAGGAGUUGGGGAGGCAUUCCAUGUACUGGAUCAGGAAACUGUACAGCAGUUAAUUGAUGCAUUUGAGAUUGUUGGAGAGCCAGAGGCUCCUGCUGCUGAACCUGAUGCUGCUGCUGAGGGUGGUGGUGGUGCUGCUGCUGACCAGGGUGGUGCUGCUGCUGAUGAGGGUGUGGCCCCAAUGGACAUAUGAGGAUGCAAACAACAAUAGCUGCUUCUCUCCUAGUCUUGAGUUGAUCUUCACAAAUGUGCUUGGAAAAUUUAGUUGAAAAUGAAUGGCACCGCGGAAGACAUUUUGUGUUGGAUUUUCUUUAUGCAAUUUAUCUUUGCCUCAUUGGUGCAGACAUUUUUAUGUUAGCUUCUGGUUAUAUUAAUACUAAAAAACUAAAGGAGAUUCACUCAA